CAUUGUGGAGGAUGGGGAGAGGGAAAAUAGGCUGGACCAGGUUAUGGGGUUUAACGUUGUUCACUUGUGUGUAUGUAACACCCCAAACAAUGAGCUCAAAGAAUGGGAGCAAAACCUGUAAUCUGUCUCAGUGCGGCAUCAUCACAAACAUCUCAUAUCCAUUUCGUCUCCGAGAUGACCCACCCAACUGUGGCCUCCGGGCUUACGAGUUAGCCUGUGAAAACAACGUCGCUCUGCUUCAUCUCCAUCCAGCAGGAACAGCAACGUACCAAGUCCUGGGAAUCAACUACGACAACUACACAAUCCGAGUCAAAGAUCCUGGCAUUCGGGAGGGUGACUGCUCCUCCCUCCCUCUCUAUUUCUUAUCCCAAUCUAAUUUCACUGACACUUACAAUCUUUCCAGCGAUUAUAAAUAUGACACCAAUAAUCCCUAUGCUGUCUUUAUGGACCCAUUGUCUGAAGAGCUCUUAUUCGAGCACAUCAUUUACCUGAACUGUAGUGAGCCGGUGAGGGACGAUGCGGGCUACGUGGAUACGGCUCCCUGCGUGGACUGGGGAGCCAAAGGAGAAGGAGGAGGCCAUGUUUAUGUCGUGGCUGGCAGAGACUUAGAGGCCCAGAGGUUGAAACCUGAGUGUCGCGUGAAAUCAGUGGCCACCAUUGCUUCAGACUGGAGUUCAUUCCUGGAGAGGAAAAGCCACUCCUACGCUGAUCUUCACACAGCACUUUCCUAUGGUUUUGAGAUUUCAUGGUGGCGACUAGGUUGUUCUGAUCUUUCUUGUGCAGCUAACGAGAGGUGCUCGUUCGACAGUCAGCCGCGAAAGGUCCAUUGCGAACACUGGAAAUUUCUGGUUGGUAUGGUAUUUCUGUUCAUCUUGCUGAUUUACAAAUAUCGGAGAAGACACUUGUCAGGCUAUGGAAGCAUUGAAGAUUUCAUACAACUUCAUAACCUUCAUCCAAUAAGGUACUCAUACAAGGAACUGAAGACUAUGACAAAAGAUUUCAAGAGUAAGUUGGGUGAAGGAGGCUUUGGCACUGUCUACAAAGGGAGGCUAAGGAGCGGACCUGAUGUCGCAAUUAAAAUGUUGGGCAAUAAAUCCAAAGCUACUUGUCAAGACUUUAUCAAUGAGGUGGCAACUAUCGGAAGGAUACACCAUUUCAAUGUGGUACGUCUUGUUGGCUUUUGUGUGGAAGGAACUAAACGUGCUCUUAUCUAUGAAUUCAUGUCCAAUGGAUCUUUGGAUAAACAUAUUUUUGUCAAAGAAGAAAGUGCCUCCUUAAGUUAUCUCAAAAUCUACGACAUAUCUUUAGGAGUGGCUCGUGGCAUUGCUUAUCUUCAUCAUGGUUGUGACAUGCAAAUAUUGCAUUUUGAUAUCAAGCCUCAUAAUAUUCUUCUUGAUAACAAUUGGACCCCAAAAAUUUCAGAUUUUGGACUGGCAAAAUUAUAUGUUAUUGAUGAUAGCAUUCCCACUUUGACUGCAACAAGAGGGACCAUAGGAUACAUAGCUCCCGAAUUAUUCUAUAAGAAUAUUGGGAAAGUAUCUCAUAAAUCUGAUGUUUAUAGUUUUGGAAUGCUUUUAAUGGAAAUGGCAAGCCAAAGAAGAAACUUGAAUCCACAUGUAGAGCAUUCAAGCCAAUUAUAUUUUCCAUCAUGGAUUUAUGACCAAUUUGAUGAAGAGAAAGAUAUAGAAGUAAUGGAUGAUAUGACAGAAGAGGAAAAGGCUUUGGCAAAGAAAAUGUUCAUAGUAGCAUUAUGGUGCAUUCAGUUUAAUCCUGCCGAUCGCCCUUCAAUGAACAAAGUAAUAGAGAUGUUAGAAGUAGAUGAUGCUUCAAGUCUUGAAAUGCCUCCAAAACCUUCUCUGUAUCCUACAAAUGACAGACCCCACUGUGAUGAAACAUCAUCUUUAUCCUUCACGUGUUCUCAUUCCAAUCUAUGUGAGGAUGCAAGCAACAUGCAGGAAUAA